GCCGGGACCCCCGCGGCGCGCUCGGGGCUCGGGCUGAGGCGGGGCGCGCCAUGCCCGCCUCCGUCAGAUGAAAGUUUGCGCCGCAGCCAUGGAAGGACCGCGCUGAGGCCGCCCCCCGCCAGGAGCCUCUGCCUCAAUGGGUCCAGUCAUGCCGCCCAGCAAGAAGCCGGAGGGCUCAGGAAUCAGUGUUCCCAGCGGACUGAGCCAGCGGUACCAAGAUAGCGAUUUGUCAAAGGCACUUCACGAUGACGAGGACCUAGAUUUCUCUUUGCCUGCCAUCAGAUUAGAUAAAGGGGCCAUGGAAGAUGAAGAACUAACUAACUUGAACUGGUUACACGAGAGCAAGAACUUGCUGAAGAGCUUUGGGGACUCGGUGUUACGAAGCGUCAGCCCCGUUCAGGACAUCGGUGAUGACACGCCUCCGUCCCCCGCCCACUCGGACAUGCCCUACGAUGCCAAGCAGAACCCCAACUGCAAACCUCCUUACUCCUUUAGCUGCCUCAUAUUUAUGGCCAUCGAGGACUCGCCAACCAAAAGACUGCCCGUAAAGGAUAUAUACAACUGGAUUUUAGAACACUUUCCGUAUUUUGCAAACGCUCCCACUGGAUGGAAAAAUUCUGUGAGGCAUAAUCUGUCCUUGAAUAAGUGUUUUAAGAAAGUGGACAAAGACAGAAGUCAGAGUAUUGGAAAGGGGUCCUUGUGGUGUAUAGACCCAGAAUAUAGACAAAAUCUUAUUCAGGCUUUGAAAAAGACACCCUAUCACCCAUACUCGCAUGUGUUCAAUACACCUCCCACAUCUCCUCAGGCAUAUCAAAGCACAUCAGGUCCACCCAUUUGGCCAGGAAGCACCUUUUUCAAGAGAAAUGGAGCUCUUCUGCAAGAUCCUGACAUUGAUGCUGCCACUGCCAUGAUGCUUUUGAAUACUCCCCCUGAGAUACAAGCAGGUUUUCCUCCAGGAGUGAUACAGAAUGGAGCUCGAGUUCUGAGUAGAGGAAUAUUUCCUGGAGCCAGGCCAUUGCCAAUCAGCCCUAUAGGAAGCAUGGCUGUUGCAGUAAGGAAUGGGAUAACAAACUGCCGGAUGCGGACGGAAAGCGAACAGUCUUGUGGCUCUCCAGUUGUUAGUGGCGACCCGAAGGAGGAUCACAACUACAGCAGUGCCAAAUCUUCCAACCACAGGAGCACAUCACCUGCGAGUGACUCCGUUUCCUCUUCCUCUGCUGAUGACCAGUAUGAAUUUGCAACUAAAGGUAGCCAAGACAGCAGUGAAGGAAGUGAAGUUAGCUUCCAGAGCCAUGAGAGCCAUAGUGAAACAGAAGAGGAGGACAAAAAGCAAAAUCGGAAGGAGACCAAGGAUUCUUUAGCUGACAGUGGGUAUGCAUCCCAGCACAAGAAAAGGCAACAUUUAAUGAAGGCGAAAAAAGUACCAAGUGACACACUGCCUCUUAAAAAGAGACGUACUGAAAAGCCCCCUGAGAGUGACGAUGAGGAGAUGAAAGAAGCAGCAGGAUCUCUCCUGCAUUUAGCGGGAAUUCGAUCCUGUUUGAAUAACAUCACCAAUCGGACGGCAAAGGGGCAGAAAGAGCAAAAGGAAACCACAAAAAAUUAGAACAAAUCAAUGAUUUGUUUGAACUUACAAAGUUUUGUUUCAGCACGUCAGGUGAAUUCUAAUGAUUUGUGGCAAUAUCAGCAAUUUUUCCUUUUUUGUUUUCCUUUCUAUUUGGUUUUAUUUCUUUUCUUUUUUUCUUUUUUUCUUUUUUUUUUUUUUUUUGGACCCUUAAGAUUUUUAUUUUUAAAGGAGAUUGAAGCCAUAGAACUCAUACUGACACUCAGCUAAUUUACAGCUUUUCAUUACCCGAAGACAAAAAGUUAACAACAAAAAAAAAGCCAAAAUCGCCAUUGCUUUCUCCGGCUUGUCAAAAAAUGCAUGGUUGAAUACGCAGUGACAUCAGCAUUGUUGUGAUGGGAUAAGAUUGGGCACUUGAAAAUCUCUCUUACACUAGAUGAGAUUGCAUAAUUUAGUAGUCAUUCAGGCCUAGCCCUUAAGAAUUUUUUUAACGGCCUUACAAUUGGGAUGUGAGUGAAUGUGAAGAAAGAGAUCUGGGGGAAAGAGAAGGCGUGUACUUCUCACACCAACCCACAGACCAUCUGGUGGCACUUGGAUUCACCGUGCCAUAGAAGUCUUUGGACAGCCACUGGUGGCAACCUCGCAUACCGUAAUGCACUUCUAGUGCUUCGUGUACUGUAUGUGGCUCAUAGCGUGAAGACUGGUAACUUUUAAGUUUUGGGAAGUUUGAACUGUGUAUGCAAUGAGUGAAAUAAUGAAAAGAAAUGGGGGGGGGUGGGGGGUGGCACUGUUAAUAGCAUUGCUAAUCAUUGAAUUAUGUCUUCUAUAUUAAAUUAACUGAAUGUUCAAAAAGCCAUAAGCCCGAAGAUUGGCACUGCGUGCAAAAAAUAAUAGGAUAGGGAAAAACAAGCUAUGUCUUCUAAACUGCCUGAGUGAAAAGCAAUCAAGUCUAAGAAAUUACAGUAGAUAUUAAAGAAGAAAAUAAAUCAGAAUCCUUUUCUGUGGAUCAAAUGUUUGAUCUAACUGAGGGAAAAAAAGCUACAAAACCUGCCAUUAGUAUUAUUCUGUAAUUAAAAAAAAAAUAACAGAAAAGCGUAUUGAUGAACAGUGAAAUUAAGUUCAACAGAACAUCUCCUACACUGCCCUCAGAAGGGAGCGUUGCAGUUAAUAUCAGUCAGGAUUCAUCUGUGCAAAAACAACAGAUUUCCAGAUUCAACCAGCGUAGCCAGCAGAAAAAAAAAAAAA